UGUCAACGUCCAUCGUAAAGAGGAAGGCGUGCGCGGGGAUCCGGAGAGCACGCACCUUGGUAACGAAAUCAUAGGUAUCCUUCACGUAGCUCGCGUGGGAGAUAGACAAAGGAUAAAGGUAAUGAUCGAGAAACUCGGCCGUGUGGUAGGUCUCGCUGCUGCAGUCAGAGACGAUGGGGCAUCCCGGGGGGAUUUUGAAGGGCUCACUCCAGGCCACAGGCUCUUUAUGUAUUUUGGGCAACAUGUAGAAGAGCCUGGGCCUGGGUUGGGCAUCCCCCAGAAGGUUAUCGCGUUGUUUGUGCGUAAUGUAUUUUUUUCUCCAAAGGGAGUGAAUCAAUUCAAAGAUCAUCGGAACGGUCUCAGUAUAUAUGGGAGCCUCAAGUUUGGAGUAAUAGCGCGCAUCGUGCAGCUGCCUGUGGCCCUCCCAUAUAUACUGAGACCUAUCCAUGAUGACAACAGCGCUGCCUUUAUCGGCGGGCUUGAUGACUAUGUUUUUGUUUCCAAUCAGUUGUCGGAGAGCCUCCGACUCCUCGGGGAGGAGGUUAGCGGGGACCGGGUUGAUCCUAAAGGAGUCAGCGUAAUACAGGAGGUCAUCACUGAUCAGACGCGUCACCUCAACCGGGAUAUCAUCAUCUGGCGGAACCCACGAAGACUUAACCAGUUUGCGGACCUUGGGGUCGACGGCGGUCUUCGCCAGAACCGCGGAGGCAUGACGGAAGGACGCGCCAGGGUAGCCGUCGAUCUGAAGACCAGUCACCAGCAGGUGGAGUGAGGGGGACCACGGUGCCUGCACCUUCCGGAGUCGCCAGCAGUGGUUGCUGGUUGUCCCCAGACCGGGUGGCGUUGGGAGGACAGCUCGCGACAGAAUCAAAAAUAAACACAUAAUAAAAUGACACUGUUGCAUUAAAUGAUUGCAGUGGGGGACAAAAAACAAAUAACAGAAAAGAAUGAAAGCAUAAAAAAAUUCGGAACGUGCCCCGAAUAAUAUAUUUAGUAAUAAUGUGACCGUAAAUACGGUUCAAACAUCAGAAGCAUCCUUAUUUACACAUGGUAUACAUUUUUAGAUUACAUAUGUACAAGAGAGAAGAGGAAGCAGCAGGUGAGUGGGGGGUGGAAGAUGAGCAGGGUUGGUAAAUAAAUAAUAUGGUAAAGGGAGGGGGGGCCGAUCGUAAGGUCGAAUUAAACCGCACUGUAACUAAAAGUAUAUACAAUGUUAUUUUUAUAUGUUACACUACCAUCAAACAUCCAGGAGAUGGAGCUGGAGAACCGUGGUGAUAUAAUUAAUUUGGGUCACCAACAGGGGGUGCUAAUGUGACCGGUUCGUUCAGCGUUGUGUUUCUUUCUAAUUAUGAAUGACGUGACCCACGAUGUGUCUGGACUCGGGCACUCCGACGUCCAUUUAUUCGAUCUGAAUCUGAAUACACACAUAUACAAAUAGCUUCCUUAGCCCUUGUGCCCUUACUCCAACUCUCUUCCCAAGGGUAUCGCAACAAAGGGCAACUACAUACAAUAUUACAACAGAAAUGAUUGAAAUAAAAGGAAUAAAAGACAUACCUGAAUACACACAUAUACAAAUAGCUUCCUUAGCCCUUGUGCCCUUACUCCAACUCUACGAAACACACAGGGGGGGAAGGGGAACUAGCAUGGCUACACGAGGGUCAGUUAUAUGCUAGUACAUCGCAACAAAACACAAAGUUACCCAUAACACAGAAAUCUAUCUAAUAACUAUGGAUAGAUUAUAAACCCCAGACUUCCAAUUAAACAAUAUAUAAUCAAAAUAACUAAUAUAAAUAAUGAUAAAUUAUAAGAUGGUCAAAGAUUUGAUUACAAUAUAAAUGUACACACCUCUUCCCAAGGGUAUCGCAACAAAGGGAAGAGGGCAGGGGGCGCGGGAAACUUAUCGGGUUCUCUGGAAUGUGGGCGGGAGUAUAGAAGGAGGUGGAGCCAAAUC